UGUUCCAGCGAGCACCAGCUGCUCGGCGCCCUGGGCUCCGCUGCUCCUGCCCGGCUCCGCUCCGCGCCCCGCCGGCCUCCCCCGCCCAACUUCGGCACCCUCCGCUCCCUCAUCUCCCAGCCCCCGGAGCCGGGAAGGGGCAGAAGGAAUCGAGGGGAGGCGGGGGAGGAACAAAAAAAAAAAAAAGAAAAAAAAAGGCACCGACAAUAACAGCCCCCUCCCCCUCCCCAUUCAAAACCACAAAAUAAACCCCAGGAAUAGAUGAACUACAAAUGAGAAAGAGGAAAAGAUGGAACUGCACAUCCUAGAGCACAGGCUCAGAGUGGCCAGCAUAGCCAAGGAGAGCAUCCAGUUGUUUACCUAUGGAUUAAUCAAACUUGCUUUCCUGUCCUCCAAGACGAGGUGCAAGUUCUUCAGCCUCACGGAAACCCCCGAGGACUACACCAUCAUUGUGGAUGAAGAGGGCUUCCUAGAGCUUCCUUCCUCCGAACACUUGAGCGUGGCUGAUGCGACAUGGCUUGCCCUCAACGUGGUGUCUGGUGGAGGUGGCUUCUCCAGCUCCCAGCCCAUUGGAGUGACCAAAAUUGCCAAGUCAGUAAUAGCACCACUAGCUGACCAAAACAUCUCAGUGUUUAUGCUCUCCACCUAUCAGACGGACUUCAUCCUGGUGCGUGAGCGAGACCUGCCCUUCGUGAUGCACACGCUGGCCACCGAGUUCACCAUCCUCAGAGUAGUGAAUGGGGAGACGGUGGCUGCUGAUGACUUUGGGAUAACAAAUGGAUUUGUCAAACCAAAACUAGUUCAGAGGUCUGUCAUUCAUCCCCUUUCCAGUCCGAGUAAUAUGUUCUGCGUCACCAGCCUGGAUCCAGAUACCCUUCCUACUGUUGCUACACUCCUAAUGGAUGUCAUGUUUUACUCCAAUGGAGUAAAAGACUCGGUGGUGGGCAACGAAGACUCGGGACAUAUUCGCUUUUUCUCCUUUUCUCUCAUUGAGGGUUAUAUCUCUUUGGUCAUGGAUGUGCAGACACAGCAGAGAUUUCCUAAUAAUUUGUUGUUUACAAGUGCUUCUGGUGAACUGUGGAAGAUGGUGCGGAUUGGUGGGCAGCCUCUUGGCUUCGAUGAAUGUGGAAUUGUUGCUCAGAUUUCUGAGCCUUUGGCCGCAGCCGACAUCCCAGCCUACUAUAUCAGUACUUUUAAGUUUGAUCAUGCAUUGGUACCUGAAGAAAAUAUAAAUGGUGUGGUCAAUGCACUCCAAGUCAGUCAAGCUGAAAAGCAUUAGAAAUGUUCUGAGCUGGUUCCAGAUGCUUUUUAUUAUUAUAAUAAUUAUUAUUAUUAUUAUAAUUAUUAUUAUUCUUCUUUUUUUCUGACAGUAUUUCUUGAAAAAUCUGAUUACAGAGAGUGACAUGAAAAGAGACUGUGGAAAGCUGAGCAGAAACAGCUCCAAUAAGCCUUUGUUUUAAUUAUUAUUAUUGUUAUUUUAUUAAAUUUAUGAAUGAGGGGAAGGAGGAAAGGGAGUUCAGGUGGUUUCCUGAUGUUCAGCUCCAAGGUGAAGUGUACCCUGCCUGUGUUCUCAGUGUGGAAGGAGCUGCCCGGGGUCCCCGUCUCUCCCCGUGGGUGUGCUGGCUGAAAGCAGCAGGACAGGCCGAGAGCAGAUGGAUGGGCUACUGGCUCAGAGAGCCCUGAAAACCAGAAACAAAAUGAAAUGUGGAAUUAAACAGAAAAGACGU